GUGUUUGCUAAGUUGUAUGGCGCAUUUACAACUUAUUUGAAUAAAUGCACUUAGUGUUUGUUGCUGCCAUUUUAUGUUCGUUUGGUGAAGCUGUCCCUCUACAUUGUAAUUCCUCCACGAUACCAGAAUCGAAACUAUUUCGUGCCGCCAGAGGUGCCUACACAUAUCGUCGAACCAUAAUGGCUGCCAUUACCGAGAAUAUUACGUACAACCAGUACAACUUAGUAACGUUGAAAGCCGUGCACUAAUUUCCAUUUUAUAGUGAAUGUGCCGCGCAUUCCAAGGCAAUUUUUAAGAAACCAUGCUGCCGAUAUAGUCGUUACAGUUUUCAUUAGCAGCAAACUUUAGAAAGGCUCAGCGCGGCCUGACAUCCGAGAGACGGCGAAGUACACUCGAUGGGCUUAUAAAAUGUAUGUAAACAUUUACGCUAACGUCACAGACUAUGCUGCAGAACCUUCCGCGCCUGCACAGAACCAGAAAGAAGAGUGCAACGUGUGUGGGGAAGGACAUGUGACUGCAGCGUGCCCACUUUUGGGCCUGGCCCAGAAAGUGGAUGACAAGUCGGUGCCGUCGCGGGCACGCCUCUCACUUCCACCGACAUUGGCCCUAGCUGAAAAUGCAGAGUGUGGUCCUCGUGUUACAGCCCGUGAGGACAUUCCGGUGGGAACUCAGUUUGGGCCUGUUGAAGCCCCCCGUUACCGUGCUUUCAAAGGCAGUCCACGCUUCAGGCUCAAGGUGUUUCCAACCAAGGGUCGUGCCACUUGUCUUGACACGUCAGACGAGUAUCAGUGCAACUGGAUGUGCUUUGUGGAGCCUGCAUCAGAGCCAUCGAUGCAAAAUCUCAUUGCUUACCAACUGGGUCAAGACAUCUACUUCAGCGUGCAGAAGCCAAUUAAGUCGGGUGAUACACUGUACGUGGGCUAUGCACCACCAUAUGGUCGCAAGAUGGCUGGUCCUACUGAAGAACCUCCAGCAGCGUCCACAGCAUCAGUACCUGCACAGCCAGGGGGUCCACCAGCUAAACGAAAAAGGGGGCGGCCACCCAGAAGUGUCUCAAUGGCACGCCCCACAAAAGUCACCAUCAUACCACAGGUUGAUCCUGGACAAGCUGUCUUGUCUGGUGACUCGCCAGCAGAUGGCACGGUCAGCCUGGAAGCGGCCUCAAGUGUGGUCUCCUCACACGAUCGUCAGCAGUGGACUUGCUCACAGUGUGGCCGCCUGUACAGAGACAGUGUGCUGUUUGCGCGUCACCUGCAAGACCAUUACCGGCCAGCCUAUCUGCGGGAACUCAUGGGUAGGCAGCGUGAGGGAGGCCGGCCCCAUGCCGUUCGUGGCCGUGGAAGACCGAGGUCGCAGCCGCUGGCGCUGCAGAGCGGCCAAGUCGUGGUUAUGACAAGUUCUGGGGACAUUUCAAAUGCAGUACCGUUAGGAGCAACUACUGAGGAGGCCAGUGGAGCCCUCUUAAUUCAAGAUCAUGCAGUGGGCCAGACGACAAACCAGAACGGAGCUGUGAUUGAUGACAAGGAGUCCCAGGAGAAGGGCACAUUGGAAGAAGGAAACCGCGCGCAGCUUCUCAUCCAGCUACAAGAUGGCUCCAUUCAUGAGAUACUGUCCUAUGAUGGGAAUCUCAACCUGCCAACCACCGCAGCCAUCGUUGAGGGGCAGCAGCCAGGGGAAGGUAUCCAACUAGUUGAAGACAGCUCCUGUGCAGCGGCUCCAGCAACCACCAUGACUCUGACAACCCUCGAUCAGCUUUCAUUGCGUCAGUUCCCACAGGAGGCAGUGGUGGCUGUGGCAAGUGGUGAACCUGCCAUUCGGCAGCAGCGGCAACAGCAGCCUGCUAUUGUUGUCAGACGUGGCCGAAAGCCAAAGGCAAGUGGGGCAACCACUCGCGAGUCUGGUGCCAUGCCCGCACGGAGGUUUGAAGAAGUAGAACGACAGUCAGCUGGCAAGUACAACCUGAGAACAACGCGCAAGGCCCUUGUCGUCGACGAGGGUAAUGACGAGGACUCUGAUUAUGAAGGGGAUGACUACUCGGACUACGAAAGUGGCUAUGAUGGCAAGUAUGCCUCAGGUUUUGAAUCGGACUCCCAGCUGCCCAGUGGCCAGGUUGCAGGAAAUGAACUUACAGGCCCUCGUAUUGCAACUGCCGAAGGGGAGCCCACAGCCCCAAACAGUCAAGCUCUGGCCAGUGACGUUCCCAAGGAGCUGCAUGUAGCUGUGGAGAUGUUGACCUCGUUGCCUUGCCAGUCUAGUGACCAACCAAUGGACAUAAGCGAUGGCUCCGGUGGACCAAUCCAGUCUCCUGAUGACACACAGGAGAAACAGCAGGUGUUGUCAGCUGUGGUUGCUGAAAGCCUCGGCACUGCCUCUGAGGCAAUGGCCACAGAGCCUGUUGAUGCAUAUGCAACUGACAGCACAGAGGUCCAAGAAGAAGGGGGCCAUGUGGUCGAAAAGUUCUACAGAAGUGUGGAGCAGGUGCGACUCGACCGGCCCAAGAGACCAGGCCGUUUCUCGUGUGACCUAUGCGGCAAGGGCUUCAACCAGACACUGUACCUGUUUCGCCACAUCCGCAAGCACACUGGCGAGUUCACCUGCCACCGGUGCAAUAGAGUGUUUGCACGCAAAGAGAACCUGCAGAACCAUGCCUGUUCUGGGCGAUCGAUGGACCGGUCAGAGUUGCCAUGCACCGUGUGUGGCAAGACUUUUGGCACAGACCGACUGCUGCGCCGGCACAUGGCAAAGCACACAGGGCAGCACAUGUGCCCUGACUGCGGCAAGAGCUACACUACCAGGGAGAUCCUGGCAAACCACGCGUGUCCACAGCGGCCUAAAGUGGAGAGGUUCAGCUGUGGUGUGUGUGGCAAGGCAUUCACACGGCAUGGCUACCUGCUGAAGCACCUGCCUGUGCACACGGGACAGCACACGUGCCCCGUGUGUGGCAAGUGGUUGCGCUCGCUUGACUCGCUCGCCAACCACAUGCGCCUCUGCACUCAAGUACAAGAAAUACAGCUGCAUGGGCAGGCAGCCUGCUCACACUGCCAAAAGGUGUUCACCAAUGCAGCUGAGUUUCGACGACACCAGUAUGAGCACACGCAUGUACACCAGUGCGAAGUGUGUGGGGGUCGCUUCCGCAACCCCACACUACUUGCAGCACAUGUGUGCCAAGGGAAGCCAGUGGAGUGCGAGGCUUGCGGCGAAGUCUUUGAAUCUGUUGCUGCCCGUGACCUGCAUCAGGCUGCUACGCACGGAGAGCCACAGUUCAAGUGUGAGACAUGCGGCAAGGCCUUCUUCAAGCAGGAGACACUGUCCAAGCACCCAUGUGUCAACAUACUCGAUGCCACUAGUACUGAGUCAGGAUCACGCAAGCGGGACACCAACCUAACCCCACUGGUGUGCGAGAUCUGUGGCUCAACCUUCUCUUCAACGAGCAGCCUUAACGUUCACAAGACCCUUCAUGGAGAGAAGCGGUUCCAGUGCGACGUUUGUGGCAAGCGCUUCCAUCGCAAGGAUCUCUUGUUGGAGCACCACGCAGUACAUGGUGAUCCUACAUACCCAUGUCCAACGUGCCAAAAACUCUUCAAGACUAAGAAGUCCCUGGAUGUGCACAUGAUGAUCCACAGUGGUGUCAAGAGAUUCAAGUGUGCUGUCUGCGGCAAGGAGUUCUUCCAAAAGGGCAACCUCCAGAAACACGAGGACACACACCUCAGUGAGAGGCGGCACCGCUGCACUGUCUGCCAGAAGGUGUUCACUACACGAGAGUCACUGGCUCGCCACAUGCUGGAACACUCCCGAGGCAAGAUCUUCACCUGCGGUGUCUGUGGGCGGGCCUUUGUCAAGGAGCACCAGCUGCGCAGCCACCACCGCAUGUUCCACUCAAACCAGGUGUACACAUGUUGCUACUGUGGCCUCAGCCUCAAGCUGCGCCACUCUCUCAAGCGGCACCUGCGCAAGAAGCACCUUGAAGAGGAGUCCCAGUGGUCCAACCCCGAUGCACUUAGCGCCAUGCUCGUCUCUAAGCCUCCCGGAAACACAGGGCUUGAAUCAGACAUGGGCCUGGAUGCAGAUGCCACUGUUGAGAGUCUUCAGCAUGCUGCUGAGACAGCUACCAAUCCAACAGUGACCAGCUUUGAAGUGGCUUUUGAAGGCACAAACAUUACUGCUGCCAUGUCCGGUGUUGGCACCAACAUUGUGCAAGACACUACGGAAUCCCUUGUGGCCAAUGUAAUGGGUGAACACGGAAGCUCAGAAGUUCUCUUGGCAGUCGAAGGCCUUAGCAGCGAGGAACUUCGUGAGGCAAUUGCCAGUGGUCGGGCCCAGAUAAAGCAAGGGCCCACACCAGACACUAUUGAAAUCUCUAUGCCUUUUGAUGUGACAGAUGAAGCAGGAAGGCAGGUGACAUACAUGGCUAACCUGGUGGACCCUGCAGACCAGGUGGUGGUCAAUGAUGAGACAUCUGUAAUCACGGAGAAUGUACUUGAGGAAGAGUCUGUGCUGAAUCAAGCAGCAUCCAGCCAGUAUGUUGUCUCCACUGGUAUCUCUGAACUGACUGAAACAGUGGUUGCUGCUGGAACCAUGGCAGAGGACCAUGCUGCCAUCCAGUCUCUGCAGGAUGACUCAGCUUCACAGAUGCAGAACAUGGUGGUGCAGGAAGCGGCUGACACAAGUUCAGAGCCGCAGUACGUCACCCUGCCUACGUAUGAGACAGAAGCAGCAGCAGCAGAUGAUCAACAGGUGGUGGCACUCGAGGUUGCAGACGGUGGAGUGGCAGUAGCAACAGCUGGAGUGCCUGCAUCUUCUGAUUUGCCAGCUGACCUCUCCUACGAGGAGCCCCAGUUUGUGGUCACUGAGCAAGAAGUUGCUGAUGGUACCCAUGUUGUCUACGACACUGGCCAGCUCCAAGAAGAAGCAGCCAUACCCCAAGGCACCAUUGUUCUCGAUGAUGGCACCAUACUGCAACAAGAGGAACAGCAGGGUGGUUCUAAUGACCUUCUGCUUUAUGUUCUCACUACCAGUGACACCCAAGAUGACUGACCCAAGAUGAGAUCAGUGACCAGCAUAGACACAAAGUUGUGUAACAUAGCAUUGAACUGAGGCUUGUGUGGAAAGUGCAAUCUUGUAAGGCAAGUCAUGGCAGACUUGUAUGACCGCAGGCGUGAUUGUGUGCUGCUUUCUGACCCAUAAGUAGCCACAAGUAGAUGUUUCACACUUUCUAAGGAAUGUGUAUAGUCAUCAGUGGUUAAACAAUAUGACGCUGGUGACAUAUGUCACUGGCACAAAUGUUGCUUAAUGCCUGGAUCAAUUACUUUUAAUUGACCACAUUGUUUGUGAUAAGGUGGAGGUAAGCAGUAUAUACAGUGUGUUCUUUUUCUUUAGCUGUGUCAAAUUUUGAUUAAAAGUGUUCCUGUGGGAGCUAUGGGAACAAUUAUUGCACCUUCUCGGGCUCGCUGAAAUUGAAACUGAUGGGGGAAAAGAGUGCAUAUGACAUCAGUCUCACUACCCAGACCUUAUAUCACUCUGCAGCCAUCACCUGUGACAUGGCACUGUUACAAGCUGGUGCCUUGUAGCAGACCUUUCUCACUUUUUCUGAUAGCGAGCAGCCCCUUGUUUUGAUGCCAGUGGCAGCGAAUGCUGACAGCCGAAAAAUGUGUUGCGGCACAAAAUGAAAUGAUGAUGUAGAUUUGGCACAGCACCAGCAUCAAGAUGCUAUGCUUCCCUAGAAAGUAGAAAAAUAACAAAAGCAAACUGCAAGGCCCCAGCUCACGGGGUCGUGCCAAUAGUGACUGCGGCAGCAUGACAAUAGGCAGCCCCCCUGGGAGACAAGAUCAGUGUGAUAGCUUUUAUUCUCAGUCACAAAAUUUCUGUCACUGAGCCUGAAAAGGUGUAAUAAUUGUUUGCCUAGCUCGCUCAAAGCCCUUUAAUUCUAAAUUACACCAUCUGACAAAACAAUGUCGAGGAUGAGCCUUUCAGUGGCUUAAAUACAUUACCCAUCUAAGAGUAAAAAGUAACUGCUCUUUACAUACAUACCUGCACAAAUAUAUAUAUUCAGAAACAACUAAUCUUGACACUCAAAUGGUAGAUGUGAGGUCACUAAUUUAUAUUGCCUUAAUUAAAAAAAUUCAGUGCAGCUAAAGGAAACCAUCCUGUGUGCAUAUUAUGACAGGACAUUUUUGACAGCCUAAUGGCUGUCAAAUUCAUGGGUGUGCUUGGCAUUUGCUUACAGUGCUCAUGUAUAAACCUACAAGGACUGAAACUCCCAUUAGCCAGGGAAAAGAAGAUGCUGCUGUAUACAUUCAAACCUCUCUAGAUUAUCCGAGAGAUAACUGGUUUAUAACCACUGCAGCAUACAGGUACAGUCCAUUUGCCGUCCAUUAUUGUAUACGCCUGGCACAUUAAGCACCUGCCUGAUGCAGUGCACAUGUACAGUGACGCCUUUGUGGAAGAACUUCUAGCCAGGAUGUUGUCUUCCCCAGCAUUAGCUCUGAAGAGAUAUCUCUUUGUGAAAGCAGGUGUGGCUACAGUUUUCACUGACAAACAAAUAGAAUUUAGCUACUUGGCCUGCUAUUAUAGAAAGUUGGCUUAUUAGGUUUGAGUUCAACGUUACGCAAGCAGUACAGAAGACGUGACAAAGCGAAGCAGAUGACACAGGCACUUUGCAGCAAAGACACCUACUAUAGUGUUUAUUUGCAAAAUUAAAGGCCCAAGCUAUUCUUUCAACCAAAUGGUGAUACUGUACGGUUGCCUCUCAAACAAAACAUAUUUACAGUAAACCUUCAUUGCAACGAAGUCAUCGGUACAGGAAACUAACUUAGUUAUAAAAAGUACUUUGUUAAAGGCGGAUGAGCUAAAGGAGAGUCGUAGUAAAGUGAGAUUAUGAAAAACUUAUAAUAAAGUGAUUUUAUUAUAAUGAGGGUUUACUGUAUAUGAUAAAAUGCAUACGGUAACAAAAUACAUCUAUAUGGCAAUUUUGAUAUUUAGUAAUGCAGAGGCACUAGUUUUUAUGACAGUCUGUGAUGCAGCCACGUUUGUGCACUAAUCCUGCUAAAAAGUCUUUCAAUUGCAUGAUGGCGAGCGUUAGAAAACAGUGAAUUUAUGGCACAAAUAUAUGGUAUGGAAUUUAUGGCAUGAAGGUAUGAAUUCAUGCACACACUAUGAAACUGACAGAGAGCUUGUGUUGUGUCAGUUUAUUCAGUGUUACAGGUGGAAAGCAGCAGUUGGUAAUUAUGGUAUGUUUCUUUUCAACUACUCUGAAUACACAAAACCUUUACUCUCACAGACAGCAGGACACGUUGGCUAAGUAAAAGCCAGUGUAAUCGGGAAACAAGUAAACACUCUGCAAGCCUGAUAUACUGCUAUGCUUUGUCUUUACAACUUCUAGAGCACAGAUAAUACUUUACCAUGCUUCCCAAACUGGUGUGGUCAUCGUGUGCAGUACUUUCCAUGUUUUUGCCCUUUUCUACUGUGCAUAUUUACAAAAAGCCUGCGUUAGUCCUUGAAUAUUCAUAGGUUCUUGAAACCAUUUCAUGAUUCAUGCUAACAGUGUAUGUUAGCUUUCACUUUCUAUAGCAGUGUUUAUGUACUUGGACGUGAGUUGGGUGCUUCUUUAUAGCCAAAGCCAAAAUUUCGGCUCGUGAUUGGCUUAAUGAUUCCUUAAGCACGCAGCCAGCUUGAGACCUGUUUGCAUGACCAUCAUUCCUUGUAUCAAGUGUACAAAUGCGUGUCGUGCAGUAUUGUUUGUGAUCAAUGUGCAACACUUCACAUGUGAUUUACCUUGCUUUUGUUUGACCAUGCAAACAUCUAAGGUGCAUUGUUGGACUUGUCCCCGAGAUAAAAUUCUUAUGACAGUGUUGUCAUAGGACAGCACACGAAUUUCUACAGAAGUGUACUAUUUCUACACCUGUGAGCUGUUUGUAUAUUUGUAUAUAGGCAUUUUCAAGUUAACAGGUGCUGCAUGUGCUUUGUGAAGCAGAUGUUUAACUUAUACUUGAUAGACAACAUUGGUGUGCAUUGUUUAUUGAAUGAAAUCCAGUUGUUUUUUGGGGAAUGAUUUCAGCUAUUAGAAUUAGCAAGCUGCCAAUUCUUCAUACGAGUACAUGUGUCCAUCUCAUGUUUCAAUACAUAUUUACAGUGUGUAGCACAGACUACAUUCAAUUUCUAGAGGUUGCAAUGGGCUUUGAGCUUUUAAGCAACUGUACAUAACAAAUCUGCCAAAGCUUUUGUAAAUACAAUUUGUACCAAAUUAAA